AUGGCGAGUUUGACUGACCCACGGUCGGCGGGGCUGGUUGGGUCAUUACCCCAGAUCGCGUUUAUUGAGUCGCUCCACCGGCUGUCACCCGCUCAUUUUGUGGAGCCCUUCCGAGACCUCCACCACCCCCUGCAUGCCUGGUCCUCCUUGCUGAACGGCGUCAAACGCGCCGAAGAGGUCUUUGAUGAAAUGGUCCAAAAUCUAUUCAGGAUAACGCGAAAUCGGACUUCUCAGGGUCUUGCGCUGGAAUUGGCGGAAUAUACCCAUCUCUUGGACUGUGCAAGAGCGAUGGGAAAUGGCCCACUUGCGGAUGAUCUAUGGGAUUCAAUGAGACGAGACAGAGUUAUUCCAGAUGGGAUUUGUUACAACCAUUACAUGGAGGCAAAGGUGUGGGACCACUGCUAUACAGGUGAGGAGGCUUAUCAUUUGCGAGUCUUGCCCAAACCAUACAAAAAGCGACGGAUGGCGGAACCCAACAAAGGCUGGCGGGGUUACGGCACAGCCAAGAACAGUGUUCGAAGGCCUGUGCUACAACUUUUUCGAGAGAUGAUGGAUUAUGGACACAUAGCUGAUGAGCGCACCUAUAUCAACGUGAUGCUUGCAUCGGCUCGGACGGGCCACGGUCCUGGUUUCCGACACGUUUUACAAACUGUGUGGAACAUUGACAUCGAUGCUAUCAAGGAGACAGAAGAUCCGUCCCAGUUACCACCUCCCACACCCUAUGAACCGUGGUCCGCACUAUAUCCGACUAAGAACCUUCUUUUCGCGGUCGCCCAUGCCUUGGGCACAAACAACGAUAUCACUGGUGCAAUCCAGACAAUCCAGUUCAUCUCUUCUUCAUACAACAUUCCCAUCCCCACAAAGGCAUGGCAUGAGCUAUUCGAACGGGCGUAUGUUCUCUGCAGAGUUCGGGCCCCUGAAAACAGAUACGAAGAUGACAAUACUGUUGGUAAAGUGUCGGCGGACCUAGUGCGAUCAAUAUUCAAGACCAUGACCUCUGAGCCCUACAAUAUCACGCCAACCUUGCAAAUGUGGCGGUUCAUGAUCAACAUCAGUAUUGAUCGCGGUAGCUUGGAGGAAUGCAAGUCGUAUUUGCAGAGCGCAUAUGAACUUCUGUCUCAAACGAGACAUAGGCAGCAGGAGAAACGCACAAUCAUCAUGAGGCUUCUAAAGCCAGUGUUGGAAAAAGCAAAUCGGCAGAUCAAGAGAAAAGAGAUUACUUCGCCUGAUGAUUCAAUAUUUCAGGACCCUCUGCUCUCUGACGCGAUCAAUUCAUAUAAUAUCACCCGACUGGAAGUCUACCAACAAGCAUACAUCCUACAACGAAUUCUAUAUGUCACAGUUCGAGUCCCCAAUUGGCAGGACACAACCGACCAGGAUUGGUUCUUACGGGAACGGCCCAAGAUGAUCGAAGAGUGGCGCGAUUUUCUCCCCAGUCGAAUGCGAAUAUUCUACGACACAGAAUGCGGCACGGUCGACUUCCUGGGUCCUACGGGCUUCAAAGACCGAGACUGGCAUGGGAAACAGCCUCUUGCCCCUGCUAGACGAGACGCAAGUAAUAAGAAACUGUUCUUCUGUCCGGAGCACCGAUUCUGGAGCGAGGCUGCAAAAUGGCAGGAUAUGUUGCUGCGGUAUCCGUGGCUGGAUAAAAGCAUGGCACCAUUGAACACGUUAUUCAAGUUUCAAACGCCUCCAUCUAAGAAACUUGAGGAAACUCUUGCAAAUCUUCGUGGAUCAUGGGUCGACUAUCCAGAAGAUCAUUCGUUAUCCAACGCAAACAAUCCCAAUGGUGGGUUUUAUGGCCGCCUUGCUGCAUUGGACAUGUUAAAGCCCAACAAGCGAGGAGUGUAUCUGCUGGACGAGUCAUCUUGGGUUUAG